GGAAAUCCUACAAGUCUGCCGUGAAUUUGCAUUUUAUUUGGCAGAAAAAAUGGAUGGAGGCAAUGAGUUGAGCAAGACGACGCUCUUUAUUAGAGGAUUGGCGGAUGAAGUCGACAGGGAGAUUUUGUACUCGGCCUUCUCGCCGUUUGGGACAAUUUUGAACCUUGACAUACCAAAGGAUAAGGAAAAGGGCACAAAUAGAGGCAUCGCAUUCAUCGAGCAUCAAUCUGAACUAUAUGGAAGGGUCAUAAAGGUUGCGUUUUCGACUCACGCUCACCUCCGUCAGUCUGGCUCACAUCGGUUUAAAGCUGUGUGGGCUGACGAUCCAAAUUUCGGGCAUAAUGUACCUCAAGAUGUUGAGUUGUAAUAUACAGUCUACAGAUUGUAGCGUGAUUAAUGUGAUUAUCGCU